CCUCCCUGUCUAUCCGGCUACAGAGGGUCCUGCAGACCAGCUUCCCUGCAGUGGCAGUCCCAGAACUGGAUCAGGAGAGGAGUAUGGAGAGGGGGAUGGAGGAGGAGACUGGGGUGGAGGAGAGUGAGGAGGAGACGGAGACAGAGGAGGAGGAGAGGGGGGUAGAGGUGUUGAAGGUACUCAGCCUCAGGGCUCUGCUAGAGACUCUGGGCACCCAGCUUGAUGAAGAGGAGACGAAGGGGCUCAACCACACUACACACUGGAUUCCUAGGGGCGCAUGGCGGCAGCCUCAGGACCUCCACGAUGCCGUGGGCCUGGGGUUCCAGUGGGGCGGUUCCCAUAGCAACAGGACCCUGCUCCGCUGUCUGGGGAUGGACACCAGGAACAUGUUGUUCACUGGCCAGAGAAAGCAGCCUGUCAUAGUUCCUGUGUUUGCAGCCAGCCUGGGAAUGUUAGAGCCCACCAAAGAGCCGGUGAGAGCAGCCUCAGCUGAGGAGCAGACUGCUGCCACAGCACAAGCACUUCCUGGGUCACAGGAAACAACCACCACCUCCUCAAUACAGCAGGGGGCCCCCCAGCCUUGGUCCCAGUUUGACUGGAGCAGCAGUGGCCUUGGCAUCAACCCUCUGGAUGGGGUGGAUCCAGAGCUAGCCAGUGACCCCAGCAGACGUCUAGCAGACACCCUGAACCACCUCAUGUCUACCACGGAGAUCACCACUACCUCCACCAGGAAACCCCAUAAGGAUGAAGAGGAUCAGCUGAGUGAGGAGGCAGCCAGGGUGAUCUGUGGGCUGGCUGACCUGUCCUUCAUGAAGGCUAAGGUCCUAAUGUUCCCUAUCACUCUCACUGCUGGCUCUGGCACAGUGCUAGAGUGAUGCACACAUGGAUGGACACAGACAAACACGGAUGCUCACACACAAACACACACAAAAGACUGCUCCGCUUCAGCGCUAGAUUGAACAUUAAUGUAUGAAAAGUCAAUAUGUUGAUAAUCAGGAAUAUGGUGAAAUAGUUUGGCACAGCAUGUUAGUCUUUUGUUCUGAAUGUAUUCAUGUAUUUAUGUUGUGACACACUGGUUGAGGUCUAAGACUGAACCACACUUACCUGCGAAGUCCAGUCAUCUGCCUCCUUCUUCCAGUGGUCUUAGAUCCAUUUCCUGUUUUUCUUUUCAAGAUGGCGAUUUUAUCUUAAUGUAUUUAUUCUUAAUGUGUGUUUUAGUUAUUUUUGGUUCAUGGAAAUUCCUCAUAAAUCCAAUGAAUGUAUUGUAUAUUAUUUACAUAACAGAUUGGUCCAUUAUAACAAUAUUUAUAUGAUAUAUGUUUGUGUUGUUGAUCCAGAGUGUUACUUCGUCUUAAAAGGCACCAUAUUGUCUAUACAGUGCAUUCAGAAAGUAUUCAGACCCCUUGACCUUUUCCACAUUUUGUUAAGUUACAUACUUACUCU